GAUAAUUUAGCUUAGUACGGCUGUCGUCAUAUGCCCCACUCUUUUCCAUUGAUGUGUUGUUUUCUUAUACGAGCUGCCGAGCACUGUAUACACUUUUUUUGUCAAACUACCAAAUUGGUUACAUGUAGUGUAAAAUACAACUCUUAAUAAUUCAACUCAGUUUUAGACUUUAAAAGAUUGUAAAAUUUUACUUUUAUUUUAUAAUUUAUUAUUUUCUGUUAAUUGAACAGGUGACAUAACAUAGCGAUAAUUUAUCGUAAUUAAAAUUAAUGUACGUAUUAACAGCUACAAACAGAUGUUGAAAUGUCUGCUAGACAAAUAAGAAAGGCUCUAGGUAAAGACGCUUUGGUUGUUGCAAAUUUGUCUGAUGAUGAGAUCGAUGCAAGUGAUGUUCGAACUGGUGCUACUUCAAAAAACAAAUCUUUUAAUGUUUUUAAUUUGUUAAAUGACAGUGAAGACAUUGAUGAAGAUGUUGAUGAAAGCCAGAAGAAAACCUCAGAGGACGAAAAAGACCCAAAAAACGUAGUUGGUGAUCAAAGAAAAAAAAUUAAAAAAAAGAAGAAGAGUUCAAAAAAAAAUCAAGAGAAAAAAACAAAUCCUGUCAUUGAAGAUGAUGUGGAUGGAAUUGUUAGAAAAGUGAAUGAUUUAUUAGGUGACCCACAACCAUCUACUAGUCAAAAUGUCACUAUUGAAGAGAAUGACACACUUAUACCAGAACAUAGAAUUUUAGCAACUGAGCUCAAGCAUUUAAACUAUGAGAAUGAAGUAAUACAGAAAUAUGGUAUAUCCUCUUUGAGAGAAGAGCAAAAGCAUAAUCAAAGGAGUGUAAAAAGGUAUAAAAGGCUUUUGCGGAAGACAAAUAUAAUCUCUUAUGAUUUUUCCAUGGGACCAGCAGUACCAAGUGGAAUAUUCAUGUGUUUUGAUGAAAAUAGUUCGGAUGAAAAUAACAAAUACUUUUAUUUUAAACACAGUAAUGACUACUCUGAAAUACAAAAAGAAUUUCUUAGACUUGUGAAUUCCAAAGUUGACAUAAAUGAAUAUCUUAAAUUCAUUAGAAAACACCACUAUCAUACAGAUUGCCUCUUACAGCUGGCACAUUUUGCUAUUGAGGAACAAGAUGUAACUUCAGGUUGCAGUUUCAUUAAAACUGCUAUAUUUUAUUUGGAACAUGUUUUUCAUUCAAAGUUUAAUCUUAGCUCUGGCAAAUGUAGAUUAGAUUAUAAAAGACAAGAAAACCGCGCCUUUUAUAUUGCAAUAUUUAGAUAUCUUAUUCUAAUGGGAAACCGAACUUUAUAUAGAACCAGUUUAGAGUUGUGUAAACUAUUACUAUCAUUAAGUCAGCCAUUGGAUCCAUUAGCUGUAAUUUUAAUGCUGGAUUUCUAUGCUAUCAAGUCUGAGCAAUAUGAAUGGUUCAUUGAAUUUUGUGAUUUGUGGCAAGAAAAGAGAAAUUUAUCUAAGCUUCCAAAUAUAGCAUUUGGUCUUGCUCUUUCUCAUUUUCAUGUUUACAAAAAAUUGUUGAACUCCAAACCUAAAUCCGAAGAUGCGAGACAAAAGAAUGAAAAAAUCGCAAAUGAACAUAAGAAAAUUGCUGAUGAACUUUUGCAAACAGCCUUGAUUAGGUAUCCAGGUGUUUUGCUACCAUUAUUGGAAGCUAUUAAAAUGGACCCUGGUCAAAUGGUACUGAGUAACGAGUAUUUUCAAUACAAUGCAAAAUUGACGACAUCAGGAGGUUUACAGCAAGUUCAAGAGUUAUUUGUUAAUCGUAGUUAUCAUGUUUGGAAAAACAAGGAUGUUCUUUUAUGGCUAGAAAAUCAAUACAAUGCUGUAAUAGCCAGAAUCAAUGUUGAGACAGAUUAUAUUAAUGAAGUUAUUAUGCAAAGACAUAAUGAAUACCGUCAUUUACCAUUGGAUAUUAAACGUCACCUAGUCUUGUCUGGAUUAACACCACCAAGAUAUAUGUUAACAAUGACAAAUGAAAUUCAAGAACAACUUGCAUUUGAUCCAUAUCCUCCAAAGGGUGCAGAUGUUCAAAAUACUUAUACUUAUCCACCCGAAAGACCAACUGAAAGUGUAAAUACUGAGACUAGGACAAAUUCCAGUAUCCUUACUGCUUUCUUAUCAUCUCUUAUAGCAGGUACAACAGAGGGACAAGAAAUAAAUGGACCUUUUCAAAGGGUUUUCAGACGUCCUGAAAAUUUGCUAGAAGAAAAUGAUGUCCAAGAGGAACGACUUCCGGAACCGGAAUUCGAUUGAAUAGGAAUUUUUCUUGUUUUUUUCUUAGUAAAUAUUGAAAUUAAUUUGAAUGAUUUUUCAAUUUUUUUA